CGUUCUACAUGAUGCGCCUGAUCUCUGAGAUUCUUUGGCCACCAUUCCAAGGGUCGGCUUGAAGGUCGCAUAAGGUAUGCAGAGCAGCGCCGCUUCUAGUUCCGUUCGCUAUGGGUUAUUGCAGAAUAAUGCUCGCAAGACGAUGCGUAGCAUAUUCCUUCGGGCAAUUGUUUGCAGUCAUCCGGAAGCGAUGUGUGCAGGAAUACGGAUGCACUGCAUAUUCAUCAUGUCGCCAGGCGGUGGAGAAUAGUCAUUGUAGGGGCUCAAGGAGGGGCGAGAGCGGCGAGUGGCUACACUCCAUGUAAUAGCCAGACGAACUGGUCUCACUACACUGAGCCGUCGCCAAGCUUUCGCUACCUGCGUGCGCGUUCCGA